AUGAGCGCAACGGCGACAACUAUCGUUCUCAAACGGCCGUCGGUCUCCAUGUCUUCGCAGGCUACAGCUUCGCCGAAGGUUUCGAAAAACAAGCUGCCCAUCAUCCAGCCGCCGGUGUUCUAUGGUUGUGAACACAUCGGGUCGGCGUUCCAAGGCGGCUCGACGACGAGCAAGACUUUGUACUCGGGCGCGACGCGUGUAGCCCUCGACUCGGACCGACUCACGGCGCAGAAAUGCGUGUACUGCAGCUACAUGCUCGUCCAGACAUUCCUCUGCAUGCAAUGCGCCACGGUUCAUUGUCCGCGAGAUGCGGAACAACAUUACAGGGAGGAGGGACACUCGUUUGGAGUUGAUUCGCGGAGUGGCCAUGUGUUUUGCUUCCAGUGCCAGGACUACAUCUAUGAUCCGGCGCUGGAAGAUAUACGGAUAGAACAGGAGACGUCGAUAGACGGCGGCGCUCGCAAAAAGCGUCGACUCGAAGACUCGAAGCCCUCCGCCGACGAUCUCAAGUACAUCGAGUCGCAUACCACCUUCGCCCCGUGUCGCGCUACCGGCCUACGAGGGUUUCUCAAUAUGGGAUCAACCUGCUUCAUGAGUGUGAUCCUACAGAGUUUGAUCCACAAUCCACUGGUACGGAACUUUUAUCUGUCAGACGGUCAUAAACAGAAGGAAUGCAGCCAGACAAACUGCAUGAGCUGCGCCAUGGAUGAGGUGUUUUCAGAGUUCUUCACCUCCGACAAGCAGGACGGGUACGGACCCAUCAACCUCCUUACGACUUCGUGGAAAUGCGAGCAGGCGCUCGCAGGCUACCAGCAACAGGACGCCCAUGAGUAUUUGCAGUUUCUGCUCAACCAGCUGCAUAAUACCAACAAGGGGACAGACCAAAAGUCAGAGGACUGCUCGUGCAUAAUUCACCGUUCAUUCUAUGGGAAGCUGCAAAGCGAUGUUACCUGUGAGAGCUGCAGGAACGUGACCACAGCUCACGAUCCGGUGAUGGACUUGAGCUUGGACCUGAGGAUUAAAGAUAAAAAGAACAAGCAACCCCAGGGCAUCGUCCAGACAGUACAGCAAUGCCUAGCCAGGUUUACCGCGACCGAGAAACUGGGGGUGAAUGAGUACAACUGUAGUAAAUGCGCAGGUCCGCGGGAAGCAACCAAGCAGCUGACCGUUAAGCGCCUGCCGCCCGUCCUAUGCAUCCAACUGAAGAGGUUCGAGCACAGUGCGAACGGAGUAUCUUCCAAGAUCGAUGCGGAUAUUCGGUAUCCCCUUGAGCUCGACAUGACACCGUACACGACUCGGGCCAAGCGGAAAUCCGGCCAGGAAUCACGGAGCUUCAAACCAUAUGUCUACGAUCUUCUCAGCGUUGUGGUGCACAAAGGGGAGAUCAAUUCCGGACAUUACAUCAGCUAUUGUCGAGAAAAUGGACAGUGGUUUCAAUUCGAUGAUAGCAUGGUCACCCUAGCAACGGAGAAACAGGUACUUGCAGCGCAGGCAUAUCUGCUGGUUUAUAUCAUCCGCACGUUCAAUUAA